CAUCGGGCCGGUACAUUACUUGUUAUUCAUUGAAGUUGUACGGUAGAUUCUGGAAAAUUUAACGUACUUUAAACACGCGGUAUACUAUACUUCGGAAGUAUGGAUAAAAGUGAUUAUAACCGAUAAAAAAUGUCACGCUUGAUAGUAAAAAAUUUGCCGAAAGGUAUUACAGAUACUAAGUUGAAAGAACUGUUUAGCCAAAAGGGUUUGGUAACAGACGUGCAAUUAAAAUACACGAAAGAUGGAGUGUUUCGGCGAUUCGCAUUUAUUGGAUUUAAAUCAGAGGAACAAGCUGUUGCUGCAAAGGAAUAUUUUGAUAAAACCUGUAUAGAUACUAGCAGAAUAUCUAUCGAACAGUGUGCUGGAUUAGGGGAUUCUUCUAAACCCAAGUCGUGGAGUAAACAUGCAUCGGACAGUACUAAGCCUGAUGUGCUCGACAAAGAUUCUACCAAUAUUGGAGAAACCGAAUCUUUAGAUAAGACAGUAAAACCGGAAGUGAAAAAAGAAAACCAUAAGAAGAAUAAGAAGGAAAAUGUUAGGAAUGAAUUAAAAAAGGCAUUGGACAAACACAAAGAUGAUCCUUUAUUCGCAGAAUUUCUUGCGAGUCAUGCAAUAAGCAAAAGUGUGUGGACUAACGACACUUUCUUAGACGAUACGCAAGAGAAUUCUAGCAACAGUGAGGACGAUAAUGAAAGUGACAAUGACAAGGAUGAAGAUGACAAAAAAGAAGAGGAAGAAGAGCCAAAAGUGGCAAAUAAAGUUAUAUCUGAUUUAGAGUACAUGGAAGCUCUGAAGGGGAAAGAUGAACAGCAUACAGUAAAAAAUAUCGAAAAGAAAACUACAUCCAAACGCGGCUCCCUCAAGUUUUUCACGGUGAAGCUCCACGGGUUAGGAUACAAUCACAAGAAGAAGGAUGUCAAACACUUUUUCCAUCCGCUAAAAGCAAAAUCGAUAAGAGUACCCCGAAAAAUCAAAGGAAUAGCUUAUGUCGGUUUUAAAACUGAGCAACAAUUCAGAAAAGCGAUGCUGAAGAACAGAAGUUUCUUAGAUGGUAAACAAAUAUUUGUAACAAAGUACGAAGAGAAGGAGAAAGAGGGUGCAGAUGAAAACAAGAAUCAGAUAAAUGUUAGGUGGAAGAAGCAAGAAGAUGCGCUGAAAGACGAGGAGAAUAUAGCAGAGUCUGGAAGAAUAUUUAUACGAAAUCUAUCCUACACCACGACGGAGGAGGACAUCCGGAAGCUAUUCGAAAACUAUGGUCCACUGACGGAGGUGAAUCUUCCGGUGGACAAGGUAACCAGGAAGCUAAAGUGUUUUGGCACGGUGACCUUCAUGAUGCCCGAGCACGCCGUGAAAGCAUACGGCGAAUUAGACGGUACCGUUCUCGGUGGCCGAAUGUUGCACCUUCUUCCUGGUAUGGCGAAAGUCGAUCCAAUGGAGUUGCUUAACGAGAAGGGACUGUCCUACAAGGAGAAGAAGGAGCUGAAGAUGAAGGCGACUUCUGGGUCCUCCCACAAUUGGAACGCCUUGUUCCUGGGUCAGAAUGCGGUGGCAGACGCAAUCGCCAAAACUUACAAUACAACCAAAGAAAGGGUCUUGGAAGACAGCUCGUCGAGAGGAUUGAGCGCCGCGGUGAAGCUGGCUCUGGGAGAGACGCAACUAGUCCAAGACACCAGGAGUUUCUUGGAGAAUAACGGGGUCUGUUUGGACGCGUUCAAUCGACCCGCGGAGAAACGAUCCAAGACCGUGAUCUUGGUGAAAAAUCUGCCUGCUGAGACGCCGGUACGGGACCUCUGUCAGUUGUUCGGUCAGCACGGCGUAUUAGGUAGAGUGGUGAUGCCACCGUUCGGAAUCACGGCCCUGAUAGAAUUCCUGGAGCCCUCCGAAGCCCGCAACGCGUUCACCAGAUUAGCUUAUACCAAGUACAAGCAUCUGCCUCUCUAUCUGGAAUGGGCUCCUGAGAACACCUUCUCGAAUUCUGCCAAGAAGAGCACAACAGAGCCUGUUGAAGACAAUAAAGAGAAGCCAAACGACCCGCAGGAGACGCCUGAGAAAGAGAAGAACCAGUUACAAGAUGAUGCUAGCAAGAACAACGAGGUAGAAAGCGAGGAUGAUGAAGAGCCUGAGCCUGACACCACUCUAUUUGUGAAGAACAUCAAUUUCUCAACAACAAAUGAACUACUGAAAACGUAUUUCAGUAAAUGCGGGCCGAUUCAUUAUGCUUCGGUGGCGACGAAGAAUGACCCGAAGAACCCAGGCGGGAAACUAUCCAUGGGCUACGGGUUCGUCAGGUACAAGAGGAAAGCGGACGCCGAUCGUGCCAUUAAGACCAUGCAGUUGUCCGUACUUGAGGGAAAAUCUCUGGAGUUGAAGCGCUCCGAAAGAACUUUAACAUCCGAUGUGAACACCGCGAGGAAGACUGCGAAGGUGUCCGCUCAGACCGGCACCAAGAUCCUCAUCAGGAAUGUGCCGUUCCAAGCGAAUGUAGCAGAGAUAACCGAGCUCUUCAAGGCGUUCGGGGAGCUGAAGGCAGUCAGGCUGCCAAGAAAACUGGUCGGCGUGGAGAAGCACAGAGGUUUCGGGUUCGUCGAGUUCUACACGAAAAGUGAAGCGAAGAAAGCGUUCACGGCCUUGUGCCAGAGCACUCACUUGUACGGUCGAAGGUUGGCGCUGGAGUGGGCACAGAGCGACGAGGGCGUCGAGGCGCUCAGGAAAAGAACCGCCAAACAUUUUCACCAAGAGGAGACAGCGCCGAGAAAUAAGAAGGCCACCAUCAGCGCCGAAGACGUCGGCCUGGAAUAAACUGCGUCCGAAGAACGGGAAUUUGCAUAAAGAUCCGAAAACAAUUCUAUCCUCGAAACAAAGAAUCCCUCUGGGACUCGACAGAGGCGUGUACAUAGCAACGAAUAAACUAUCAACUCACGAA